CAUUUUUAAAAUCCUUUGUUUUUCUUCGUCUUCUCGUCCGCGUCGAAGCCAAGGAGCAGGAGAAAGGGGAAAGCAGGCGGAGUGGCAGAGGAGAGCAGAUGGAGAGCAGCGAGGAGGACGACUACUUCCCCCCGCAUGAAUGGAUCACUCCCCAGUCCAGCAUCAACUCCAUUUACCAAUCCGAUACCGAGAAGGGUAUCAGAAAAGUUUGUUCUGAACUUUUGGAACUGAAGGAUGCUGUUGAAAACCUAUCUGGGAACACACAAUCCAAGUAUCUAGCCUUCCUCAGACUAUCAGAAGAGGUUAUAGAAAUGGAGCAAGAGUUGAUUGAUCUCCAAAAACAUGUUUCUGCUCAAGGAAUUAUUGUACAAGAUCUCAUGAGCGGUGUUUGCCGAGAAUUAGAAGUGUGGAAUAAAUAUAGCAGUGGAGAACCUAAUUCCGAGGAGGAUAUUGCUGAUAUCAAUCAGUUAUUGCACAAUGAUCUGGAGGACCCUAAGAUUACUUUCUUGGAAAUGGUAGAUGUCUUAUUGGCAGAGCAUAAACUAGAAGAAGCACUUUCAGCUAUAUUAACUGAGGAAAAAAGUUCACCAGAAUUAUGUGACUUGAAGGGAAAUACAUCAGUUGAAGGUUCUUCGUAUAGGUUAGCUUUUCUCAAAAAAAAGGAAAUGCUUGUGGAUAAGAUUGUAGGGAUCACUGAGCAACCAUAUAUAUCAAUUACAGAAUUACGAAAAGCUGCAUCUGGUUUAGUUAAGCUGGGGAAAGGUUCUCUAGCACUUAAAUUAAUGCUGAAUGCAUAUGAUUCCCGUCUUCGGAAAAAGAUUGAGGCUUUUCUUCCUUCAUGUUCUACUUACUUAGAGACAUAUGCUGCAAUUCUUUCUGAGCUUGUUUUCUCAACAAUCUCAGUGGCAACAAAAGAAUCCACCUUAAUUGUUGGAGACAUGGCUAAUUACAUGAAUCGAAUUGUGCAGUGGGCUGAAGAUGAGAUAGAAUCUUUUGUUCGUUUAGUAAAAGAAAACUCUGAUUCACCCGAGACUGCCAUGGCUCUUCGUUCUACAUGUAUCUGUAUUCAGGCAUGCCUUAGUCACUGUUCCCUUUUGGAACCACAAGGACUAAAGUUCUCAAAGUUAAUUAUGGUACUUUUGUUUCCUUACCUUGAAGAGGUUCUAGAUAUGAACUUUAGGCGAGCCAGAAGAAGGAUUCUUGAUUUGACAAAGGAUGAUAAUUUGGAAUUUCUAUCUUCUCAGUUAGAUUUGCCAGUUUCUAUUGCAACACCAUCAGGUUUCAUGUUUUCAGGCAUUGGGAAGAAAUUCAUGACUAUUGUGGAAGAUAUAUUGGAUCAACUUACACCAACCGUAAUAUCACAAUUUGGAAGGCACGUUUUAAAUAAGCUUCUUCAACUGUUCGAUAAGUUCAUAGAGGCAGUAAUUAAGACAUUACCUGGUCCCUCUGAAGAUGAUAAUCUCAUUGAACCAAAAGAAUCUGCAGAGUUUAAGGUUGAAACUGAUGCUGAGCAGCUUCGUCUAUUAGGCACUGCAUAUGCUGUUGCUCUUGAACUCUUACCAAUAGCUGUAGAAAAAAUAGUUACCUUUGCGCAAAAUGAAAACAAAGAUAGGGGUGGUGGCUCAUCAGAAAACAUUUCAAAUGUUUCUGUUACCAGUGUGGACUACAAAGAUUGGAGGCGAAAUCUCCAACAUUCAUUAGAUAAGCUUAGAGAUCAUUUCUGUAGACAGUAUGUCUUGACCUUCAUUUACUCACGGGAAGGAAAAGCAAAAUUAGAUGCUCGGAUAUAUUUGGAAAGCAAAGGAGAUGACCUUUACUGGGAUUUAGAGCCACUUCCAUCUUUGCCAUUUCGGGGAAUAUUUGGAAGGCUACAGCAAUUAGCAAGUGUGGCAAGGGAUGUCCUACUGGGGAAAGAAAAGAUACAAAAAGUUCUUCUUUCUAGGUUAAUAGAGACAGUGGUUAUGUGGCUCUCUGAAGAGCAUGAAUUCUGGAAUGUAUUUGAAGAUGACUCUGUUCAACUUCAGCCUCUUGGCUUGCAACAGUUUAUACUUGAUAUGCACUUCAUAGUUGAAAUUACGGUUUGUGGGGGAUACUCAUCUAGAAUUGUCCAUCAGCUCGUCUCGGCUGUUAUAACACGAGCAAUUGGCACUUUCUCUGCUAGAGGUAUAGAUCCUCAAAGUGCACUUCCUGAGGAUGAGUGGUUUGUUGAUACUGCAAAGACAGCAAUAAGCAAGCUCAUGCACGGAACCUCAGAGUCUGAAAUUUCUGAUCCUGAUGAACACAUUUCUAUAAUGCAUCACGAUAUUUCGGAUUCCGAUGAAAGCCUUUCGAGCCCAUCCAUCUCAGAAUCUCUAGAUUCAUUUGCUUCAGCAAACAUGGGUGGAACUGAUAGCCCUGUCUACUUCACUGAUCCAGAAACAUGAUGAAUAUAAAGUUACUAUUUGUUAGUCUGAUAACUAGAGUUAUAAUUAGAGCCUAAUUCUGUUUGAUUCUUCGAGUCUAGUUGCCAUCUCACUUUCCAGCGAAAUACAAUGAGGUUUAAAAUCUGAUGUCAUUUAAAUCGGUUGUUGUAAAAAUAUGGAUUAUUGUUGAAAUUAGCACAAGUUUUGAUUGAUUCAUUAUCACAAA